AGAGUAUUAGACGUAUUGAAUAUUAUCACUGAAUAGGAGUCUAAUUGAAUUGAAUAAUGUAUCUACAAAUGAAACAUAAGAAAAGGAACCAGACAAUAAAUCAUAAUGAGAUAGAUCUUCGGUAUGGAAAGGAUUCAAUGGACAGAUUCGGUGAUGAUUUGUGUCGACUCCUACUGUCUUACCACUCAUUCGAAGAGCACUUCCGACACGAAUGUGUGUCCAAACAGUUCCAGAGGAGUCUAUACGACACCGUCGACGACAUCGUCAUCAAUGAUGAGCUGAUGGACAAAAUGACCAAAAGUGUGCGCACGCCUACCGGUGCCGCGUGGGGUCAACGGCUGCCACUUAUUAUGGAAAAGUGUCCAAACAUUCAGCGCAUAGACUGUCGAGAAAUGGCAUUAAAUGAGAGACUCUUUUCAUUACAAAUAAUACGAGGAAACUGUCGCCGAUUACGGGAAAUAUACUGCGAUUUCACCGAUUUUGAGGGAAGUCUCGACGUAUUUCAGUGGUUUGGGUCGUUGUUUAAGAGACUUAAUGUCGACGAUCUGGACGCAGAUCCGCAACUAUAUCUCACAUUAUGUCCACAUUUGUCGCAUUUAAAGUUGUAUUACUUUAACGAUGUUUUCUCCGAUGAUAGCCAUCAAAGGCUAUUAGUCAAGAAUUUGCGAAAAUUUGAGUUUUAUAUGGAUUUGGAUUAUAAUAACGAUAUGUUCGACACAUUCAUCGCCGGUAAUCAGUCGCUGAAGAGUCUGGUGGUGUCCGGCAUAUCACCGGAGAUUAAAUCGUUGGACGAAAUCUGCAAAUUCAUGAAUGCGUUGAAAAAACUGCCGGAACUGCGCGAAUUGGUACUCAAUUUUGCGGACAUAUGGACGGGUAGUCUGACACCAAUAGGGAAAACAAUUGUCGCUAUUGGCUCGACACUGAAGCGGCUGAAAAGGUUUGACCUAACGGUACACGUGAAGAUUUUGGGUAAUUUUCCCGUGACAGAGGAACCCAGAUAUGAAUUGCCCGUCCAUUUGUGA